AGAAAGUGACGGGGAUUUAAGAGGUCCCAUGCUGGUUUUUUACUGUGAAAAAAGAAACGAUGGGGAAGAUGUAAAAUAGAGCAGACUGCAAAAGGGUUUAGGGGCAUGAAAGGGAGACUUUAAAAGGACGAGCUGGGGCUACAUAGUGCGGAGAGAGAGAGAGAGAGAGAGAGAGAGAGAGAGAGAGAUCUGCCUCCACUCUCUCUCUUGCUCAAGUACGCAAGCCACUGACAGCAACAGCCACACACAGACAAAGAGAGAAAGUGAGGGAGAGGGAAAGAGGGAGCAAGCGGAGGCAGCACACAAAUCCAUCCUCUGUAGAUCGCCUACACAGUGUCAGAAAUAGAGUAGAGUUUUAAGGCAGGUGCAUGCGUACAAAGGGUCCGUAUGAGAUCCUGGGAGGUGUGCUAAUAUACCACCGUGAGAAAGGAUACAGGUCGAUUGACUACCGUCAAAAAGGAAAACAAGACAAACAGUGUGCGACGACAACAAGAAAAGAAGACGAAGAAGAGACGAGAUGAAUGCUGAAAUGAUCUAUCUUGUCACGUUGAAUUUGCAAAAUUCUCUCGGUCGCCACAACGAGCCUAUUGUUAUUGUCCUCCUCCACAAUCUCCUCUGAGGGGUCUCGGCUCGUGGCGAUAAUCCUUCUCUGCCUCUUCAUGUGUGGGGAGGAAGUGUGCGUGUGUGGGUGUCAUGAUGGAAGAUCGGACCAACACACGUGAGAUCGCUGGUGUGCCUCUGAACGGAUCCUAAAACCUACUCAACUGUGCAAGGAUAUAAGAUCAAUGAAGUGAGACUGGACUGAAUUAAAGACAACUGAAAAACUGCCACACUGUAUAGGUGACCAAAGGAGGAUUUUAAAACACUUGUAUGACUACUUCACAAGGCUGGUGAUGAACAGACUGAGCUCACUUAGUCUUUAACACAAUUUAUUUUGCACAACUCUAGCAAGCCCUCGGCUCUCCUAUCACAUAACUUGUAAGAGACGGGAAUAAGAACACAAACAGAAUUGUCAAGCUCACAGUGAAUCUGCAGCAAAUCAGUAUAAUUAUGAAAAUGGGACAGAUUACAAUGGUUCUUCUGCACACUCAUCUCAUGCUUGGAGUUGCAAGCUCCUUGGUUAUUCAAUCCAUGCCCUGGAGAGUGCCCUGCCCCCUCCAGUGCGUCUGCCAAAUCAAGCCCUGGUACUCUCCCCAGUCUGUGUAUAGAGAGGCUCCUACAGUUGACUGCAAUGACCUGCUACUUAUCCAGCUGCCCACUUCCCUCCCUUCAGAGACACAAACCCUCCGGCUGCAAAGUAACCUCAUCAGUUCUGUGGACCAGACAGAACUCCAGGGCCUUGUCAAUCUGACAGAGUUGGAUCUUUCCCAUAACAGCUUUACCAGUACCCGAAACCUGAGGAUAACUGACCUGCCAGCUCUUCUUAGCCUACAUAUGGAAGAAAACCAGCUGCGGCACCUCCCCGAAGCAGCAUUCUUUGGUCUCCCGAGCCUGCAGGAGUUGUACCUCAAUCACAACUGGCUAAGAAGCAUUUCCCCUGGGGCCUUCAAAGGCCUGGAUAAACUUCUAAGGCUUCAUCUCAACUCUAAUCGCCUGGUUUUAAUUGACAGACGCUGGUUCCAUGCUUUGCCACAACUAGAAGUACUCAUGAUUGGCGGAAACCCUGUAGACACAAUCCAGGACCUCAAUUUUAAACCACUAGGCUCUUUGCGCAGCCUGGUCCUGGCAGGCAUGGGUUUACGUGAGAUCUCGGAGAGAGCACUUGAAGGCCUUCAAAAUCUGGAGAGCAUCAGCUUUUAUGAUAACCACCUAUUAAGGGUUCCAAAAGAAGCACUGCAGAAACUACCGGGUCUAAAGUUCCUUGAUUUGAACAAAAACCCCAUUCAGCUAGUCCAAAAAGGAGAUUUCAGAAACAUGCUUCACCUGAAGGAACUUGGCUUAAAUAACAUGGAGGAGCUUAUUUCUAUCGAGCACUCAGCGAUGGAAAACCUCCCCGAACUGACCAAGCUGGAGAUCACAAACAAUCCUCGGCUCUCAUAUAUCCACCCUCAGGCCUUCCAAAAAUUGUCAAGCAUGGAAAGCCUAAUGCUGAACAGUAAUGCCCUGAGUGCCCUGCAUCAUCAGACGAUAAGGUCGUUGCCCAGCCUUCAAGAAAUCAGCCUGCACAGCAAUCCCAUUCGCUGUGACUGCCUGAUCCGCUGGGUGGGAGCUGACAAUGACAAGCCAGUCCGUUUCAUUGAGCCUCAAUCCACUUUCUGCUCAGAGCCUCCUGAGCUCAAAGCCCGGAGAGUUAAAGAAGUCUCAUUCAGAGAAAUGGCAGACAGCUGCCUGCCCUUGAUUGCCCCAAGCACAUUCCCCUCUUACAUUGAAGUCAAACAUGGAGAGAAUGUAGCCUUGCAUUGCCGAGCACUAGCGGAGCCAGAGCCAAGCAUCUACUGGGUCAUACCCCAGGGCGUGAGAUUGACUCCAUCCAGCAGCUACGGUCGUUAUCGGGUUCUAAAAGAGGGCACGUUGGAGAUUUUUGGAGUCACCAAUGAACAGACUGGUCUCUAUACUUGUGUUGCACAUAACCUAGUAGGAGCCGAUACUAGGAGCUUGAAUCUACAGUUAGAGGGAAGUGGAAUGGUUCAUGCAAGUACUCAAAAAACAGAAGAGAGCUUUGAAGUGCAGGAUGUCAAGGAAAGGUACGCUAUACUGACCUGGCAAGCAAGUCGUAACGUCCCCACUGCCCAUCUCUCUUGGGUGGCCAAUGGAAGUCUGGAAGGGUAUCACAGACACAGUACUCGAAUUCUAGCUGGCACCAGAAGAUUCAACCUAACCCGUCUCCAACCGGGAACUCAGUACAAAGUCUGUCUUCAUAUCGAGUCAAAUAACACCUCGUGUGUUCAUCUAACAACCAAGGAGGUGACCAUGACAGAUCCUUUACCAGACCUGACCCCUGCAGUCCUACUGGCUGUGUCAGUUCUGCUCCUUUUACUGGCAGCAAGAGCAUGUCAUGGGGGUGCUUCAUUCCUUUGGAGAGACCACAUGUCUGAGCUUGAGAAACCUCACACCACUAUUCUAAUUAAGGAGGCAAAACCUUUCAUGGUUCCUCAAAUACCGGCAAAAGACCCGAAUCAGCAGAACCCAGAUAAAUCCCUAUCAGACGGCAGAGGAAAAGACCUCAGAAAUACUUUGCUGGGACAAGAUGCCCAGGGGCUAACAAAUGAGGCAUGCUGAGCAGAGUAAAGCAUUCAAGAACUAUGGACAAAAAUUCUUUUGAGUACAAGCUUCGCAAAGCUUCUUACUUUACCGCUCUUGACAGUCAAAACUACUGAUCAUCUGACACAAAAACUACAAUAAUUUACAUGGCAGAUCUCCUUAACAUAAAAAGCAACCCAGUUUCAAGUCUAGUGUAAAAACACGUGGAAAAAAGAUUUGUAUUUAUUUUAUAUUGAAAAAGUUACAAAACAUAUAUGUAUAUUAAAAGCUUUUGUUUAUGUAUUCACAUACAAUAUAUCAACCAAGGACAUAAAAGCUGUGCUGCCAAUCAUAAAUAACAUAGCCCAUAGUCUGUUUAUAUGCAAACUCUCGAUUUUUGUUGGUCACAACAGACUGAACGGUUGUAGAAAGAUAAGAAGCACUUUUAUAUUUUUAAUACUGAGAAAGAGACUCGAUGUAGGAGAACAAAGGACGGACAAAGCAACAAUCAUUAUUCAAGCCUCUUAACACUGAACUCAAGUCCGAGUCUUCUGAGGAACAUUCUACAGGCCGUAUUUGACUAUUUAUCUUUUUUGGUGAAAAACUAAACUGGGAGGCGAUCUCCAAGCAAGCAUUAUAAAAAGUGCUGAUUUAAAGAGAGUUGUCUUAAAUGUACUAUAACUAAUGUCAUAUGUGCUUUCUCUUUAACAAUGUGUUGAAUUGUGCUUUGUAGAAGGAGCCCCCAGAGACCACUCCAAAGUAACAACCAUCCCAGAGCAAAGGGAAUGUGUUUUAGUGCACAAAGUAUCUUUGUUCCCUAGAAAUGGACUAAUCUUUGCAUCCGACAGGGUCCGUAAACUCGACCCUCUGAAACAUCCCAGACCCUUGCUUAAAAACAACCCCAGGCGAACACGUUUCAGCGCUGAUGGACUUACAGCCCAGACAUAUGUGUUGAAGAGAAGGUUCAUGGAGAAAGUGUGUGUGAAACUCCUGUGAUGCUCUGUGGCUCACUGGCACUAGACUUCAGCCCUUUCAACAAAAAAGCCAAACAUUUGGUAAGAGAGAAGACAUUUGCUUCUAUAUCCACACAAUGUUUUAUACAAAGCGAGCACGGCAGAGAUUCCAUCUUUCUCGGUACUGAUGAAACGAGUCCUGUCAGAGCGCUAAUGGAAGAUGCUUCAAGGAAAGAUAGUGCCAACUCUUCUUGUGUAAAAGGAGACAAAUGAACUUUUUCUUAAAUAGUUUGUCAGGUGACUAUUCGAUGCACAGUAUAAGGGAACACUGCUGUGACCGCUGGAGAACUACAUUAAUGAGAGAAAUAAUUCAUGAGAGAGGUUACAGACGGGCUCCUCUUUUAUCCAGGGAAGGAAAGUCAACAGCACUGGGGAUUGUAAACUGUUAGCCUACAUUCUCGAAAAUGGGGAAAUCCAUUUUUUACAGUCUGUCAUUUUAUAGUAACUUUGUUUGACUUCAUUUUUUUGUGAGUUUGUGAUUGCUGUGCCCUCUUGUUUCAGUGACUCUCUCUUGAACUUGACCGUCUUGUCCACUCAAAAUGAUUGAUUUCCUCUGGUUUGAUUUCUUUUGUUGAUCAUUGGUCGUUUCCCUCCCCAAAGCUGUACAUAAAUCAAUCUGAAUUUCCUA